AUGGCUAGCAUGGCCUCAUCUCCGGGCCUCUCAAAGUACCGUAUUCAGCCUAACGACGAUGCCGAGCAGCAGCAGCAGCAGCAACAGAGCGAUGAGACAGAUGGCAGAGGCCCUGAGGAUCACCUGCUCACGCCGGCCAGAGGAGCGCAGCCCUUGGAGAGGAUACCCAGCAAUUCGACCAGACUCAAUGCCAUCGCGAGACUGAAGCGAGCAGCCUCGAACCGCGAGGUCAAAGGCACUGCCGGUGGCGAUGAGAGCCCAACCUCAGCACGAAUCAAUCUAGCUCAAUUGUCACCAUCGUCGUCAGCAUCGCGACUUGCACCCGAGCAGAGUCCAGAUCAACCUAGGCGGGUGCAGCUAGCCCCGUCUCCAGUACAACCUCACACUCUUCUUGCCUCACCAUCCUCUAAUCGAACAGCGCUCCAGCCCUCUCCAUCACCCAAUAGGCUCCUGGAGCCUGGCCGACCUACACACUCCGGCGCAACCUCACCAGCCCACGCAAUGUCUCUUUCCCGAUCGGCUUCCGCUUCGAGAGCGGAAGCCAAUCGCUCGCCACUCCCCUCGUUGGAACAGCUACGUUCUAGGAUUCUUCAAGAACGGCUUACCGCAGGCCUCCAAAGAAGUGCCAGCGCCGGCGCGGCCAAUGCGGCUAGCGCUGCUGCGAGAGCAUAUGCGUUGAAGAAGCUGCUAGGCCACGAUCCCGACAGAGAUGGCGCAACGAGCCCAGUCAGUGACUCUGGCGGAAAGCUCAGCGAUCAUGAUGAAGAGGAUACGGAUGACGACGACGAGCUUGAAGAUGGGCAAGCAGUCAAUUCUCCUCCAGCAGCCUUGCGUGCGUCCAGACGCGGGAUGGGAAGUAUCUACCUGCGCCCCCCUACCUUCAGCAGCAGUCCUUCUAGCAAACACUUGCUUCGGCGCAGCCGUACGAUCUCCGGCCUGAGUCAGAGGGCUGAUGACGAACGCAAAGCCGCCUUCGCCCAAGGCCUCAGUCCAUCAUCAGAAGGACAACCGCCCUCUCCUGGCUACCUAAAGAAGAAAAGGAUGAGCAGGCUGCCACAAAGACGAGAGGUAGGAGAACUAAUUCGGCUGGCAGAAGUACCGUUGCCAGGAGGCAGCUCCGCUGAAAACAGUUCGCCGCUCACACCAGCCCGAUCUCGAACGGCGACGAGAGCGUCUCGAACGCAUGCCGCAAGUGACCAAGAGGACGAAGCCGAGUCUUCUGCGCAGAACAUCUCUCAAUCAUCUCUCGUCCGAGAACCAUCGCAGAGAGAAAUGGCCCGUACGCAGAUGAUGCGGAAGCUGAGCGGCCGGCGGCUGGGAGGACCAUCGCCAGUGCCACCGCCCGAAACCCCUCAGCUUCAGCAGCAGUACACUGAAGCGGGCUGGGGUAGUAGAGGCAGCCGCGAAAUGGGAGGUGCUGCUGAACAGACUUUUCAUGAGGACGAAAAAACUCCUCCAGCGGCACUCGGAGAAGACGCCGACAAUGCUGCCAUACCUGUAUACCCCUUCACGCAGCUGCCGCAGACACCCUUCAAAAGCGCAGCAAUCACAGGAGCUGCAAAUGCGCAACUCACACCAGAGCAGCAGAUGACUUUCCUGCAGAUGCAGCAAGUCCUGCAACAGCAGCAAUUACAGCUCUCUGCCAGUGGCCAGGGCCAAUCUGUAUCUCCCAGCCAGCACCGCGAUACUUACUCCUCUCCGACUCAGCGGAUGGUACCUCAGACUCCACAAACGAGAGGGAGACCAGCCGAGACUCCUAUGUCGUUCGACAGUGCACCAAUGAGUGUCGCAGGCUCCUCGUACGACUCUCCCACGGGCGCGAAUCUGAUCCCGUCAAUGCAUUUCGUGGGAGAAGCUGGGCUUGCAAGCGACCGGUUCGCUCAACUCAAUCUGCUCAGAGGUCCUGAUCAGCCGCUGGUGGACGGGCGGAGAGGAUCGGCGGGUCGAGUGAGGGCACAGGCCUCGCUGCAAGACUGGCCGAGCUCACCUACCAAUUCCUCACUAGGAUACGGUGAGAGCAUGCACUCCAGAUUCAACUCUGUAGAAUCACAUGGAGAUGCCGCUAUCUCAGAAGAGGAGGAGGAGGCCAAUGGCUCAGGUGAUACUAGGUUGGGGCUCGAGAAUAUGAUGCGGACCGGAGAUCCUGAUGCCACUCUACCCGUGGAAGGGUCUACUAGUCUGGAUCCCUCAUAUCCUUCUGGGAACGCCCCUAAGCAGGCUAACGCCUUGCAGCUUCUGCCACAGAGCUUCGCCACAAGAAGUGGAGCUACAUCUGAGUAUACACUUUCCCCUGACCUCCGCAACAACUCGGCGGGAGGCUCUCGGGCCGCGUCAAGAGGGGAUGGCGAUAAUGUGACGUUUGGGCCGGCUGCUGGAGAUGACAGGGCUGCAGCAACGAACGAUCACUACGGGCAGCGAAUUGACAACAUUAAUAGCGCAGCCAAGGAUAGCGUCAGCACGGGCAUUGUACCCUCGCAAAAGUUUGCCAGAGACAGAUCUGCUCAAGGAGGUGGCUCGGAUGCAAGCGCUCAGGAGCAGAAAAGUAGACAUGCGCCCGCGCGACUACAGCUGCACGAGGUCCCUUCACAAAGACUUUCGACUCAGCGUGCAGGAUCACUUCCUGCGUCUCCCGGUAUUGCUACACCAACGUCGGACUUGAAUGAUGCUGAUCGUGUCGUUGCUUGGAGGAGGUGGAUGAAGGCUCAGGGGCUGUCGACCGAGGAUCAUCAGAAGGCCUCUGCACAACACCCAGUCAGGACGGCUUCAGACACUACCAGCGCUGCUGUGCCCCUUCUGACGACGGACAUGGGCGGUAAUUCGAGUCUUGGAAGGCUCGAGCAUGAUCUGGCGAUCUCACCGACUCUCAUGAAGGAGUUGCAGCUCAAUCUCGACUGGCCUGGCUCUGGGCCGCCCCCGCCCCCGGUCUCCAAGGGCUCUCGUCCCAGCACAAGACAGGGAUCGUCCCAUGACGGCUAUCCUGAUCUUCCAACGCCGACAGGCUUCGUUCGUCAGGCGAAUGGAUCACUAUUUCGCGAGGAAGACUUUGGCUUGAAACCCUCUCCUCCCGUCGCUGCCGUCUUGCCGCCCCAGGGCUCCAGGACCAGGCUGCAGAGGACCGGCAGCGGGAAAAGGAAAGCUCCGCCUGUCUUUGAUGCCGAGGAAGGUAGGGUCCUCCCGCACCACUCGGGUGGGGGCAGCCAGUCGAGUGCCCGCAGCACCCCUUUCUUGAGUCCAAAUUCGAGCGUGGACGUGCCCCGGGUCCCCACAUCCAACGCGAUCCCUGAGUCAGAGAACCAAGCGCGGGCUGGCAUCGGUCGUGGACCUGCGAACAGCCCCUUUGACACGCGAGGACAGAACACAUCCCUGGCAUCACCGUCUGCUGGAGAGCCCAGGGUCUUGUCUCCACCUGCACUGUCCCGCAAUGUCUCCGGCGCAGAGUAUGCUGGUACCUUGACAUCGCAGCAGCCUUACCGACGACCUCAGCCGUCGCCUUUGGCUGGCACUGCCUCUGAAGAGUCGCAGUCUCACGAUCAGUCUGCCAAAUUCAGUGCCACGCGUCUUCCUUCCGCUACGGAUGGCUCAGCAGACGCAGGAUAUGCCAAUGACAAGCUCACGCCCUUUCCUGGCCUAUUGCGCAACGCUUCGUCGGGCGGAGCUCAAAGUGGUAGCAGCCACAGUUUAGACUCAUUUGGUGGCCCUAUCGCUGACGACAGAGCCGACAUGCGAUCUGCGUCAGCUACGCUGCUGUCCACCUCGCCAAUGACUUCGCCUGCUGGAAGUUCGCUGCAACGAGCCGGCACGACCACAGCUGCUUCGACCCGCACCAACGCGACAUUCGGCCCCAUCCCGCGUUUCCAUAAGACGUCGCGCAGCCUGGCGCAGACCGUUACUCCCUGGGUGCCAAUUGGGGAGGAGGGUGCCGAGGGCAACAGCUCGAGCCUCCUCGGCUCCUCAUCAGCUUCGACGACGACACCGGGUGACGACAGGUCUCGAAGCGUCUCUCCGCAAAUAGGUCUGUUCGGCUCUCUUCGACGGAAAGCCUCCAAUGCAGUACGUAAGGGAAGCAUGAGGACGAGGAAAGGGUCAGAGCCGCCUGACGGGUCGGGUGUCGUGGAGGCAGAAAGUUCCAGAUCACCUCCUGUGGCCGCAGCUUCUCUCCCUCGUGUACAACCUGCUGCAUUGGGUCGAAAGACAUCCGUCGCAGACAGACCGAUGGCCAAGAGGACGGGACAGCAAGUGACGUUUGCGCCCAGCCCGGUUCUGGCAGAGCAUGGUGGAACGGCCAUUGCCAGAGAGGCGGUUGACAAUGCCUCAGCACGUCUAGAGACCUUCAACCGCUUCGAUGUUAGGCCGCUAGAAACAUCUCGAUCGGCACCCAUUGUGAUCAGUCCCGAGCCAGUCUCGUCCACUGUAAGAGGGGUGCCGCUCUCUUCGCAGCCGGGGCAACAGUCAACGAUUCCUCGGAUCCAGAUGCACUCUCGCAACACUUCGAUCAGUUCAGUCUCUUCCAGUACUCGAGAAGAGCCAGAUGCUUCCUCCAAGCCCAAGCAAGUCUUGCCAGUCGGAGAUGAGUCGCUGGACUCUGGUCUAACAGAAGCUAGACCGAUAGGAUUGCUCCCUCUCACGGCAACCUCAGAGCUCGGAAGCAAUGCAGCAGCUAUGCUCCACCGUUACAGCCGAGUCUUGACCUCGACUACAAAGACCGAUCUCACAUCGUCCGAUGUACCUCCCGGUUUGACUGCACAGGACGUUGACUCGCCUCCCCGGCACUUCCUCCAAACUUCGCCUGUCUUCCAAAUUGUCAACUCUUCGACAGUCAAAGAUCGCUUCCUGAUCUUAUUCAACGACAUCCUAGUCGUGGCCAAGCCAAUUGCACCUCCGCCUGGAGAAGCAGACUUGGGCAGCUCCACUGCGUCGCCGCUACCUAGCAUCAGAUGGACAUUCGCUGUUAAAAACAUUAUGGAGCUACGCCACUGCACUCUCACUGUGCCAAAGGAGCAACGAAGCCGCCCGAAGCCUCACCCCCUUCAGCAAGUCUUCGUGGAAGCUUUCACUCGAGACGCUGAAGGCGCAAUUGUUGACAUCAUCAAGCGAAGUGGUCUCCCCAACCAGCCUGCCACGAUCGCUCAGCUCCUCGUCCAUACGCCCGAGCUAGACCGAAUUGCUCUGACGGAAUACAUCUGUGCACCGGACAGACGAAACGUCAUGGAGGCCUUUGUGAAGCUGCAGAAAGUGACAGGCGUCUCGAUCGAGAGCUCGCUGAGGAUGGUCAUGAUGGAGAUUCGCUUCCCAGAUGACUCUGCGGCGUUUGAGGCUCUGUUAAUGACCUUUGCUUCACAUUGGGUCAGCGAGAACAAGCAUCUCAUCAAGAGAACCUUCAGUGAGCGGUUGGCUGCAGACCUGACGUUUGCCAUCAUGGCUCUCAAUGAUGCUAUGCAUUGUCGACCAGCUGAGGGGGAUGAAGGCGCAAGAUCUCCAAUUGAGCAAGAUUAUGAGGCGCCCGGCAUCUUCAGCGAGGCGUUGCCAAGCCUGAGCCAAGGAGCAUUCAUUGCUGCCUUCCGAGACCAGGACCCAGCCAUGACUCUGUCGGAUCGCACACUGCUGCGAAUCUAUUCGAGCGUAUGUGCCGAGCCCAUCCAACAAGGACUCGACCGCUCGGAGGCCAGUGUCCGUAAAGCUGUUCGAGUCCACGGGGCAGGACUGCCUCUGAAGCUCGUCUAUGGCGUGCCUUCUGAGCCCAUUGUCGUCUCUAUCUCUGCGGUCGACCCGGACUUUUCGAUCCGUCUGUAUGGCUCAGACCUCACUUUCGACCCUCCCAUCCUCUCCUUUGCUGAAGAGACCACACGUUCUUUCACAAUUACCAGCAAGACCCUUGGAGUACGCCAGGCAGUCUUUGUUCGCAGCGGACGAUCUGCAAGAUUCUACUUUGGCUCCGUGUUAGCUUCGGACGCGUCUGAAGGCCUGAAGGCAGCUGUAGCCAGGGGAGACGUGAGCGAUCUACCUCGCGCGACAUCUUUCAUGGUGGAGCGCGCCUUCAUGAAGAACAAUUUCACCCUGUCUCUCGCUAUGGGUCCUUCGGGCCUUGCAUCUCCUGCAAUUUCUGCCUCGCAGGGUGGGAAGACGGUGCGCAAAUUCAUGUUCAGCGUGGAAGAUGCUGCAGCGAAGGACAAGUGGGCGAAGAGGCUUCAGACUGCCAUCCUAGAGUCUCAACGCAAGCGGGCGCAAACGCAAUUGGAGCUCGAUGGCAGUCUUGGAGCUGACGUCGCCAAGCAGGCUAGAGCGAAUCGGGCUGCAAAUGCAAUGGCAUUGCAUGUACUCAGACAGGCUCUGAUCUCACCCGAUGCUGCGAGCCAAUUGGCAGGUGCGAAUGCGGGAGAUGCACUCCACCGUAGCGCCUCCACUGCCACGCCCGCUUCUCGUACAGGUGCAGGCACUGCCGUUAGCAGUAGCAACCCGCUCCUCUCGAGCAGCCGAGUCGCUCCUCCAUCCGCCGCCGACGUUGGAUUGAAUCGAAGCAAGACGUACGCUCCUGGCAGUGCCACGGGUCCACUUCGCAAUCUUCCUUCGCACAUGAUAGCCGCGCAGCAGCAGCCCCUGGACAGGAACGUGUCCGUCUCACGACACUACUAUGCCCCGCAGACGGGAGCUGGACGCGCAGAGCGAGAUCUCCUCGCGCCUCCCUCUGGCGCAAAGGGUGGCGGAGGCGCUCCGGCCAGUCCAGCCUCUUCCGCUAUCGACCUGUCCCUCACCGGUCCCGACCCAGAGGCCGAAGGACAGAUCGGCAGGGGUGGCAUCACCAGUCUGGCGCGAGCGGAACUUCUGCGCAGGGGUAGCGCAGAUGCUGCUGCUGGUCCUUCCUCGACAAUGGAAGUAGCAGGGAUCAGCGGAGAGGAGCUGUUGACGGUGUGUGCGCAAAACAGCUUACUGCCGGUUGUACUACAGAGGAGAGGAGGAGCGUAG